AUGAAGAAGCGUGUGGCCAUCGUAGGAUCAGGGAACUGGGGUUGCGCGAUCGCAAAGAUCGUGGGUAACAACUGCACCCACCACCCCCACCUAGAGGACGAGGUCCGCAUGUGGGUCUUCGAGGAGAUGGUGAAGGGGAGGAAGCUCACGGACAUCAUCAACGAGGAACAUGAAAACGUCAAGUACAUGCCUGGAGUGAAGCUUCCCACCAACGUCAUAGCCGACCCCGACGUAGUGAGCGCGACGCGGGGGGCCAACGUCCUUAUCUUCGUCCUCCCGCACCAGUUCCUUGGUGGGCUCUGCAAGAAGAUCAAGGGAAACCAUGCGCAAGAUUGCAUCGCCGUAUCCUUGAUCAAGGGAGUGCACUUUGACUCGAAGGGGAUGGUGCUGAUCUCGGACAUGAUCAAGGAGGGGCUGAAUGGAAUGGAUGUAAGCGUGCUCAUGGGAGCAAACCUCGCAAAGGAGGUGGCAGGAGGAGCCUUCUGCGAGACCACCAUUGGGUACAAUGUGGAAGAGAACGGCAAGCUGCUGCACACGAUCUUCAACGAUCCUCUGUUCCAUGUCACCAUCAUCAACGACGUCCCGGGAGUUGAGAUCUGCGGUGCCUUGAAGAAUAUUGUAGCGCUGGGUGCUGGCUUCACGGAUGGGAUGGGACUAGGUGACAAUAGCAAGGCCGCGAUCAUCCGCAUCGGCCUCAUGGAGAUGAAGAAGUUCAUCCAGUCUCGCUACCCCAGCGUGAAGGAUGCAACCUUCUUUGAGUCGUGCGGGGUCGCCGAUCUCAUCGUGACGUGCUACGGAGGCAGGAACAGGAGGUGUGCUGAGGCGUUCGUUAAGGCUGGAGGAAGGAAGUCGUUCGAGGAGUUGGAGCGCGAGCUUCUCAACGGCCAGAAGCUGCAGGGGACUUUGACUAUAAAGGAGGUGAUGCAGAUUCUUCAGAGGGAAGGGAUCGUAGAUCAGUAUCCCCUCUUCAAGAGCAUCUACAACAUUGCCUUCGAGAAAGCGCCGGUGGAGUCCAUGCUUGCCACGCUUGGAUGCUUUGAGCUCGAACAAGUUCUGAUGGCGAAGAAUCAGUUCGGCCAGGUCGUGACGAAGCGAACGGUCGUGUACUAUGGAAAAGCUGGUGACAGGAGAGCUGCACUGUAA